AUGUGGUGUCCGUCGACCGUCAACAUUCACAUUUUCCACUUCUUCUCCAGUUCCACCAGUUCAGCCAGGCAGGUUCCAACGAAACUUGGUCCAAAUGAUCCUCUCGUGGCACUGACUAAGAUGUUCAAGCGAACACGAAAUAUCAAAGACAUUUUGGCUGCUGUUCUGGAUUCAGGCAGUGAAUGUGACGAGCUGUCAGAAAGUGAUGAGGAUGAUGAAAUUAACGAUAGUAACGGUGGCGACAGUUCAGAUCAUGAAAGCCAGUUCAGUUCUUCAGAUGACGAGCCGUUAGCUACACUUUCCAAUGCUGCUAAGCAGAUAAAUAACAAACGAAUAACAAAACAUCAAGCUCUUUUACAUUUUGUCGAUAACAAUCUUGUGAAUGAUGAACAAAAAAACGAUCGAAUUUGGAAAUUGAGGCCUUGGAUUGACUCACUGAGAGAAAAUGUCAACAGUGUUAGCAGCGAUGAAAAUCAAAGUAUUGACGAGAUUAUGGUGGCAUUCAAAGGUCGUUCAAUUCUGAAGCAAUAUUUGCCCAAAAAACCAAAGAAAUGGGGUUUCAAGUUAUGGGCAAGGUGCAGUUCAUCAGGAUUUUUGCACGACUUUGCUGUUUAUCAAGGAAAAGGAACUGGCAUCAGCGGUGAUAAUGGAGGCGACUUUGGUGUUGGAGGCAAUGUCGUGCUACAGCUAUGUGAAUCUCUGCCUCGAGGCCAACAGCACAAAAUAUUUGCUGAUAAUAUUUUCACAAACAUUGCCAUGGCAAGUGAACUGAAGGAGCGUGGAUUCCACUUUACUGGGACCAUCCGAGCCAAUCGCUGUCAUAAAGCCCCUCUAAAAUCAGAGCAAGAGCUGAAACGAAUGGGACGUGGUGCAUUUGAUUCUGUCAUUGAGACAAAAACCAACAAAUGUGUGACACUACUGUCCACUUAUGUUGGUACUGACCCUGUCAACAAGAUCAAACGGUAUGACAGAUCCACCAAAAGCUUCAUUGAUGUAGACCAACCAGCAGUAAUUGGAAUCUAUAACUCCAAAAUGGGUGGAGUUGAUCUGCUCGACAUGAUGUGCACAUUGUACAAGCGACAACUAAAGAGUAAAAGAUGGUAUUUAUACAUUUUUUACCAUACCCUAACCAUUGCAGUUGUAAAUGCGUGGUUCCUCUACCGCCGUGACUGCAAAUAUUUGGCUACUGUAAAGACAAUGCCACUGAAACCAUUUCAGGGCAUGGUCGCUGCUUCAUUAGUGAAGAAAGACAAUGUUGUACGUGGUCGACAUUCUGGUUCUACUGGCUUAACACCACCGCCGGCAAAGAAGCAACGAGUGAUGCCUGGACCAGUCAAUGACGCCCGCUACGACAAAACAGAUCACUUUCCCUUGCAUCAAGAAAAGCGUAUGGGUGUAGACUCUGUACCAAAGGCUAUACAAGUUGGAGGUGUUCCAAAUGCCUGGUUCAUUUGUGUCUGGUUCCCGAACGAAACUGCUUUGUUUCAUACCAUGAAAAACAUGGUAACACGUGACUGUGCCUUGUUUCAUACCAUGAAAAACAUAGUAACAUGUGACUGUGCCUAA